UGGCUAAAAGGUGAGAAGUGAGAACCCCCCAAUUCUCGUCCUAAAACGACACCGGUUCUCUCGUCUUUCUGUUUCUCCCAGAAAGCGACAACUCCAUCUCUUCCACCAGGAAUUGCUUGACAGACUCUAGCAAAAAGAAGCAUCAGAAGUUGGGGUCUUUAUCGCGUAGUCUACAUGGCUAUGUAUAUUCGUGUUAAACGCAGUAAGACAACCUACUUUCUGCAGUGUGAUCCAACUGAGACAAUUCUAGAUGUUAAGCAGAAAUUGCACACCCUCAUUGAUCAACCAAUCAAUGAUCAGCGUUUGAUCUUAGUAGGAACUGGGGAAAUAUUAGAUGAUUCCAAAACGUUGGCAGAUCAGAAGGUCGAAAAUGAUGCUGUUGUGGCACUGACAUUAAGAAAAGAUGACAAUGAAUUUGAGGAUGUCAACAUUGUGCGGCCAAAUGAUGAUUUCUAUCAGUCUCGUGAUCCAGAUGGCAGUUGGUAAGCCGGGAAAUCGCCUGAAACAACUCAGUUUCAGUAUACAAUCAGCUAAAGCAAGUUGUUCGUGUAUGAAGUUGAUGAGGACUUCCAUUCUCAACAUUCUGAAAUUAGCUAAAACCUUCUCAUGUAUGAAUCAUAACUUUUCCUGAACAUGACUCUUGAACUUGGAUUGGUUUGUGCUUUUGUUAUAUUUUGUUUCUUUUGGUAUGAAGUAGACUGAGAGGUCAGGAUAUGGGUUGAAACUUUGUCGAUGAAUACUCUGAGCUGAACAUCCAUUCAAUAAAUAAAGGAGCUAGCUAGCAUGCUGAACUAUCAUUUUCA